UGCAAAAACUGCAGUUGCUGUGGGGUCAGCAGGUGGGUGGAGGAAGACCGUCCCCCUUCUGUUGUAGAGAUGAGAUGAGCCUGAGCGAGGAAGGGUUACAGGGGCUGGACUGAUGAUGACAGCGUCCUCCGCCGCUCAGAGGCUGCACACCUGCCGACUCCAUGAGACGCACAGAUGAGAUGAUGGAGCUUUUCGCGCUGCCGGCUCAUCCUGUUGCCACCAUUUCGCACAUCCUGGCACAUGUUUUACAGACGCCUCUGCGCAGUCGUUGAAGUUAAAAUGUGUGUUUUCUCACCGGAUGACGUUUUUAUUUACUGCGAUUAUUGAGCGAUCGUUUUCGAGGCGCUUUCUUCCCCUUCUCCGGGUCGGUUUCCCGGACCGGCUCGCUGGUAGCUAUAAAGAGCAGAAAUGGGAGUCACCGAAUCAAGGUUGCCAGCACCGGUUCGUUCAUGGACCAGAUGGUUGUUCAUAGGAUAAAACAUCAGCUCGAUCAAUGCCAGAAGUUUCCACACUGAGCGGGCUUCAGUCAAGCAAACAAAUGGUCCAAUCAAUAGCAACUGGACACAGUCUAACAUAGGGAGGAUAUCAAUAACACGCUAAUACACUUCACACACGCAGAGGCCAUGGCAACGGAGAACUCUGUCUUCCCUUCACGUCCCGACUCCUUGGCACUCCCCGUAGAGGACAAGGGUGACGGUGAGGAACCGGAGGUGGCCUCUACAGGAGUCUUCAACCUGUCAGAGGAGCUGGGACACGUCGUCACCACUCAGACGACAACAUCCCCUCCCGCCUUGACUAAGGUCAACAGGUCGUUCCAGUCCAAGCUGGCUGAGCGGGAGGCCAACGCCAAUCAGCAAAGGAAGAAGACCCAGGGGACAGAAAAAGAGAGGGGACGGUUCGGGUGGGCCCGGACUCGACGUAAGAGGCAGCGCUAUGUGGAAAAGAACGGUCGCUGCAAUGUGCAACAUGGCAACAUGCGAGAGACCUAUCGCUACCUUACCGACAUCUUCACCACACUAGUGGAUCUCAACUGGCGCUGCUCGCUCUUUGUCUUCGUCAUGGCCUAUGCUGUCACAUGGCUCUUCUUUGGUGCCAUCUGGUACCUCAUCGCCUACAUCAGGGGCGAUCUGGACCAUCUGGGGGAUGAAAACUGGACACCGUGUGUCAACAAUGUCAACGGUUUCAUCUCAGCCUUCCUCUUCUCCAUCGAGACAGAGACCACGAUCGGCUAUGGGCAUCGUGUCAUCACCGACCAGUGUCCGGUGGGCACCAUGCUCCUGCUGCUACAAGCUAUACUGGGAUCAAUGGUCAAUGCCUUCAUGGUUGGCUGCAUGUUCGUGAAGAUCUCUCAGCCCAACAAACGAGCCGAGACGCUGGUGUUCUCCAAACACGCCGUCAUCUCUCUGAGAGACGACAAGCUCUGUCUGAUGUUCCGGGUGGGCGACCUUCGCAGUUCCCAUAUCGUGGGAGCCAACAUGAGGGCCAAGCUCAUUAAAUCCAAACAGACUCAGGAAGGUGAGUUCAUCCCUCUGGACCAGACAGACAUCAGCGUUGGCUUUGAGACGGGAGACGACCGCCUCUUCCUGGUCUCGCCGUUGGUGAUCUCCCAUGAAAUUGACACCCGCUCAGCUUUCUGGGACAUGUCCCAGGCCCAGCUGGAGAAGGAGGACUUUGAGAUCGUGGUCAUUCUGGAAGGGAUGGUGGAGGCCACUG